AUGAUGAACUCCCGUCCUCUAUCUUAUUACAGUUCGAAAAGUGUACUAAAACAUAUGGAUCCGAAUAAACGAUUCCUCCUGGCCUCCAGAUGUCCAUCCAUCCGCACUGCCGACAGAGCUACUCCACUAAAUAUUGACAUAUUCGACUAUAGUGAAAACGCCUUUCAAGUAAACCACACCGAAUACAAAAUUGGGAUAUAUAAGAAAUACCUGAAUGGUGCUGAAACUCCGCGGGAAGCUCGACGAGACAAUGCUAGAGGCGGGACGUAUUAUGAUCUGGAUCAGUAUGGCUUCGAUGAUCUGUCCGGAGAAAAUACACUGACACCAGGAGACGUUGAUUUAAGACGACCAAAUGACAGAGGAUGGAGCUCAAUAAAUAUGCAAGAUGAUGACCAAAUUUCUGAAUUUGAGGAGCAAUUGGCGGAAUUAAGAAGUAGUUUGGAAUUAUUCAAAGAGCCGACAAAAGCUAUAAAAGAAGAUGUGGACACUAUAAUCAAAAACCAGAUGGCCAGACUGCAACCAUUCUACUCUCGACGGGAUGGUCUCCCUGUUCCAUUUGAACGUUUCAUACAAUUGACUAUCACAUCUCGCAAUGGAGAAUCUUACAUUGAACGUCUAUACUGA